UUUGAAUAUCGUCAUAGUUAUAAAAAACAGACAUAAAGAACCAUGGAUUUUCAAAACCGUGCUGGUGGCAAGACAGGAAGUGGUGGAGUUGCGUCAUGGUCGGAAACUAAUCGUGACCGAAGAGAGCGCUUGAGACAGCUUGCUCUGGAAACCAUUGAUUUAAAUAAGGAUCCUUAUUUCAUGAAAAAUCACCUUGGUUCGUAUGAAUGCAAGCUAUGUCUAACUCUUCACAACAACGAAGGUAGUUAUUUGGCUCACACACAAGGAAAAAAACAUCAACAAAAUUUAGCACGUCGAGCAGCAAAAGAAGCAAAGGAGACUCCACUUCAACCCAGUGUAGAAAAACAAAAGGUUACCCUGAAAAAGUUCGUUAAAAUUGGUCGUCCUGGUUACAAAGUAACAAAACAGCGGGAUGCAGACACAGGACAGCACAGUUUACUUUUCCAGAUUGACUAUCCUGAGAUAGCAGAAGGCGAUCCAAAACAUCGCUUCAUGUCAGCUUACGAGCAGCGUAUCGAACCUCCAGACAAAUCAUGGCAAUAUUUACUCGUAGCAGCUGAACCAUACGAAACAAUCGGUUUCAAAAUUCCAAGUAGAGAAAUUGACAAGAGCGAACAAAAGUUUUGGACGUACUGGAAUAAAGACACCAAACAGUUUUUUCUUCAAUUCUAUUUUAAACUUACUCCUACUCAAAUCGCACAAUUACAACGGGACACCGAGGAGAAGGGUGCGCAACGGGACAUUCGAAAACAAGAAAACCGCGCUCCACCGUUGAGACCACCUCCUCGUCAUCAAUUUCCACCCAAUCAGGAAUUUGGAAUGCCUCCAAGAGGGCUGCCGCGCAUGCCACCACCUAAUAUGCGUGGUCCCCCACCUAAUAUGGGAGAUGUUCACCAUCCUGGCAACAUGAAUCGACCACCUAUGGGAAUGCCGCAAGGUCCUCCAGAUGGGCAACCACCACGAGGUCCUCCGCAAGGUCCGCCUCAAGGUCAACCAAUACACCCACCGCCACAAGGCCCACCUCAAGGUCAACCAAUACGACCACCACCAAUGGGUUCUGGUGGUCCUCCUCCUAUGCAACCACCAGGAGGUCCACCGCAAGGUCAACCGGGUCCACCACCUCCAAACCUGGGGAUGUCUUCGAAUAUGCCGCCUAGGAUGCCUCCACCUGGAGGCAUGGGUCCACCUAUGCAGGGAGGGGAAAUGAUGCCACCUCCUCAUUUUAUGCAAAACUCGUCUGGCCAACCACCUUCUUUGAUGAGUCAAGAGAUUGAAUAAUAUACUUGUGUAUUGCUUAUUCUGUGUCACAAUUACAUUCACGUUGAUUUUAGCGUAUUUUUCGUCUUAAUUUUAUUUUACUUCUGCGAAAUAUUGACAUUUUUGUUA